AUGAGGAGACAGGAGGACACAGCAGGAGACAGGAGGAGACAGGAGGGUAGGAGACUAAAUGAAGUGGUGAUUCAUGUCAGCGACCUGAAGCAGUUGGAUCCGUUCCAGGAGUGGACAGACGGUUAUGUCCGCUACAUCUACAGCGCCGAGGAUAAGAACGCCCAGAGACACCUGUCGGGCUGGGCCAUGAGGAACACCAACAACCACAACUGCCAGAUCCUGAAGAAGUCGUGCCUGGGGGUGGUGGUGUGUUCCCGGGGCUGCACCCUGCCGGACGGCGCCCGCCUACAGCUGCGCCCCGCCAUCUGCGACAAGGCCAGGCAGAAGCAGCAGAAGAAGAUGUGUCCAAACUGCAGCGCUGCUCUGGAGCUGCUGCCCUGCCGCGGCCACAGCGGAUACCCGGUCACCAACUUCUGGAGGGUCGACAGCAAGGCCAUCUUCUUCCAGGCUAAGGGCGUCCAUGACCAUCCCAGACCAGAGUCCAAGUCUGAGACCGAAGCUAGAAGGAGUUCAGUGAAGAGACGAGUCAGUUCACCUCCGUUCACCCCGAAGAGACGCCUGAUG